AUGGUAUUCGUUAUGGCUAGAAUGGGUGGAGGAAUUCGCACUGGUGUUGCUCCGGUAGUUGCAGGUGUUGCAAAAUCAAUGGGAAACUUCAAGUACCCUUUUCUGACUAUAUCUAAUUGUUACUACUCUGCUCCUGCUACUGAUACUGCUCAUGCUACUACUACUGCAUUAACAUAUCUGAUUGGUACUGCUACUACGUUAGCUCCUGCUCAUUCUACUGCUACUACUACUGCUGUUGCUACUAGAUUGACAUAUCUAACUGGUACUGCUCCUGCUCCUACUUCUGCUACUGCUACUUCUACUGCUGUUGCUACUGCUACUACUCUAGCUUCUGCUACUGGAUUGACAGAUCUAAUUGCUACUGUUCCUGCUCCUACUCCUGCUACUACUACUUCUACUUCUACUACUGCUACUGCAAAUGAAGCUGCUACUGAAACAAAGAUACUUUUAGCAAUAAAGAAGAAAAAGAAGUUUGCAUAG